AUUGUGGGUAUUUUGUGAUACUGCACUGUGACAUUUCUUUUCUACACCAAGUCCAAUAAUACGAAAAUAUGAGUAAUUAACAUCUAAAUACGUUUCACAAUGAUGAAAGUCAUAACUUUACUGUUAUCGUAGAAAUCAAUUUAUUUAUAGUGGUUUGGUUGAAUGCUCUUUACGUUGGCACAGCAUACAGUGAAUGAGUUUCGUGACUAUAUUCAGGGCGAGGUGCGGUAUUUCACACAUGCGCACUCAAGAUCGGAGUGUUGAAAACGGCAGAGUUUCUCGUCUCUACUUCGUGAGAAUUAGGAUCAGGAAUGGGGAUGGGAACUGGGGGGAUUGGGAUUGGCGUCAUCAUGGUGUGUGGGUCGGUGCGUUUUUAAGAUACGAGUUUGUUUUCAACCGGAUGAAGCAUCAGGACUUUUCUUGUUACGGUGAUGCUUGUACACAGAGCGUUAUCAUUGUUUAAAGUGUCAUCGGUAUGGCGAGGAGCGUCGGUGCACGAUGUGCAGUCGCGAAAUAAAUUUUAAGCGGAACAACGCGACAACGAUGCACACGAUGUCGGAACGGAUCUCUCGUCUACGUCGGCUUGUGCGGAAAUACGAAUGGACGCUUGUUGCAUUGUCGUUAUUGUCGUUCGUGAUCCCGUCGCACGGUGGAAAACUCGAUAGUGUGUCGUAUGAUAAUCUGAAGAAUAACCAGUGCCCCGUUGAAUGUGGCUGUCUUGGCAAUGUGGUCGACUGCAGUAGCUUGCAAUUGAUUGGUGCACCCAGCGGGCUACCACCAUGGACAGAGAUCUUAGAGCUAAAGGAGAAUAAUAUAGCUAGCUUGGAACCCGAUGCUUUGUCGCAUUUAAAUAAAUUAAAAGAAUUGGACCUUAGUGCCAAUAAAUUUGGAGAUAACUUUACUGUCGUUCUAUCGGAAGCUACGUCCUUGCAAGGGCUUAAAGUAAAUAAGAAUCUAUUGACAGAAAUACCGGACAUGUAUUUUAUUAAAAAUAUAACACACCUUGCGCUGAGUCACAAUUCUAUUAGUGUUAUAAAUGGGACUGCGUUACUCACCUUGCAGCAGCUUCAGAAUUUGGAUCUCAGUGGAAAUGAAAUAAGCGAAAUUCGAAAUGGAUCGUUUCUUGCUCCCAAUUGCAUCACGCAUUUAAACUUGAAUAUGAAUCGAAUAAAAAUAAUUGAGAAUGGAAGUUUAGACAAUCUGACCUGCCUGGAAGAAUUGCGAUUGAACAAAAAUAACUUGACCCAGCUGAAGGAUCUGUUUACAAAUUUGUCUAAAUUACGUAUAUUGGAAUUAAACAAAAAUGAACUGCAGAUGGUACAAGCGCUUAGCUUGAAAGGUUUGACAAAUUUAGAGGAGUUGCGGUUGAAGAGGAACAAGAUCGAAACGUUAAACGAUGGCGCGUUCUGGCCUCUUGACAACUUGACGAUACUGCAACUCGACUUUAACUUGUUGACCGUGGUGAGAAAAGGUGGCCUGUUUGGAUUAGGACAUUUACAAAAGUUGACACUGUCGCACAAUCGAAUAAGCACGAUCGAAACUCAAGCAUGGGACGGGUGCAAGGAACUCGUAGAGUUGGAUCUAUCGCAUAACGAGUUAUCGGCGAUCGGGCGAGGUACUUUCGAAUUCUUAGAAAAAUUGGAAAAGCUUAAGCUGGAUCACAAUCAGAUUACCUACAUUUCGGACGGCGCGUUCAGUUCUACUCCCAGUCUACAAAUAUUGGAGCUCAAUUACAACAAGAUUUCGUACAUGGUGGAGGACACAAAUGGUGCCUUUGAUUCGUUAGGACAGCUAUGGAAAUUAGAACUCUCUCAUAAUAAAAUAACCUCAGUAAACAAGAAUGCGUUCAGCGGAUUAAGUAGCGUAACCGAACUUGACUUGACUGGGAACGAUGUAACCAGCAUUCAAGAAAAUGCGUUCGCUUCGAUGACCAGUCUGAUCAAACUGAGGAUGAACUCAAAAGCAUUAGUUUGUGAUUGCGGCUUACAAUGGCUGAGUAUGUGGUUGCGCGAGCAUAGAUAUAGCGACGCAGAGGUUUACUGCGGAUAUCCACAUUGGUUACAAGGAAUGUCGUUGACCCAACUUCAUCAUAAGAAUUUUACAUGUGAUGAGUACCCAAAGCCAAGAAUUAUUCAGGAGCCGAAAAGUAAAAUGGGAAUCAAAGGGGAUAAUGUGACGUUGACUUGUCGAGCAACGAGUACCGCUAGUGCCCCGCUUCACUUUACCUGGAAGCACGAUAACGUUGAGAUCGACGAUGACAGUUUGCAAACAUAUACCGAUUUAACGGCAAACGGGAUUAAAGAGGCUUCCUCGACUUUACAUCUUACUAAUGUUACACAUGCGAAUGCUGGAAAGUAUCAAUGCAUGGUCGGCAACACUUACGGAACGACCUACUCGACCAAGGCGAAGAUAAGCAUUUUAGUAUAUCCAUCUUUCUCAAAAAUACCUCACGAUAUACGCGAGGUUGCUGGAAGCACUGCCCGGCUUGAGUGUUCCGCAGAAGGGCAACCGUCGCCUCAGAUAGCCUGGCAGAAAGAUGGGGGAAACGAUUUUCCAGCUGCGAGAGAAAGGAGAAUGCAUAUGAUGCCAACGGACGAUGUCUUAUUUAUCGUCGACGUCAAGACUGCCGACAGCGGCGUUUAUUCGUGCACCGCACAAAACCUCGCUGGAGUUAUAGUUGCGAAUGCUACUCUUACUAUACUUGAAACACCAUCGUUCGUGAAACCAAUGGAAAAUAAGGAGAUAAUGGUCGGUGGUUCGAUCGUAUUGGAGUGCAUGGCGAGCGGCACGCCUAGACCAAAAUUAUCUUGGCGCAAAAACGGCAAUCCUUUGCAAGCAACCGAGCGACAUUUCUUCACUGCUGAGGACCAAUUGUUAAUAAUCGUCGAUACUAAAAUCAGCGACGCCGGCAGUUACGAAUGUGAAAUGAGUAACUCGUUAGGUAGCGUCGUCGGCGCGUCCCAUCUUACUGUGAAACCAGCUCCUGCGUCGACUCCCAGUCCCAUGUCAGUGAACGAAGACGAUAUACUCGGUUUAAUAAUAAUCACCAUAGUGUGUUGCGCCGUUGGCACGUCCAUAGUGUGGGUGGUUAUAAUUUACCAAACCCGGAGACGGUUGAACGCUGUCACGCAGGCUAGAAACAAUCAGCAACCGUCGACGGCUAUCAUCACGGGUGCCACGGUAGCCGACACGCAGACGCAUUUAUAUUUGGAAACGAGUUCUCAGCAUAGCAAAGACAGCGGUACUGGGGAUAGUACCAAUCCCAGCAGCGACCAAUUGCAAUUAUGUUUACCCGAAGAGAUCGUUACGUGUCCAACGGGGAACAACGAAGAAGAAACUAACACGGCGGUGAACGUAGGAGCUCCGUUAUUGAGAUACACGAACCACGAGCGACAAGAUCACGAAGAUAAAACUUGCUCCGUUUAGGAGCAGAGACUUCAAGUACGUCUAUAAUCUACAAUACGUCUCUCUCUCUCUCCCUUAUCUCCUUCUGCCUUUUCUCCAUCUCCGUCUCCCUUUUCCUUCCCUUCUCUUCUCAGGAUCGAAAAUUCGUCCUCUUUGUAUUCUGCGCAAACAGUUUUUCGUUUGAUGUACUAUACGUACAAAGGUCCGUGAAAUUGACAGGAUGGUAGAUCCUAAUACGAUCUUUAUUUACCCAUCGAGGUGAAGUUGAAAGCUUGUUGAAAAAAUAAGCGCAGGCGGUUAGAACGUAGUAUCGUAUAUCAUCAUCGUCACGAGUACGACGACGACGACGACGAUUAUUACAGUAUCGACGUACCAUUAAGCAAAGCAAACUGUUCAAUGCCGUGACUGGUCCCCCUCGUCGUCUUUUACAUUUAUAUUUUUACGUUAUUAUAUUAUUGUAUUGUGCUGUAUGAUAUCAACAAGUUGGAUUCAUCGGACGACAUCACUCGAUCUUGAUCUCGAUCAUUUCGUCGUAUUCGUUACGGCGAGUUCCGAGUAGUUCCUCCCAAAAGCGAUACGCAAAUCCGAAAGGAAGUACAUGCACGUUACGUACGUAUGAUUUGUAAAUAUAUCUAACAUAAGGUAACUAACGCGUGGCAACCAGAAAGUAAUUUCUAUGUAAAUAACUGGCAGUGUCGUUUUCAAGUAGAAAGAUACGUAUAAGUUCCAGGUGUAUCAGGAAUCAAGUGCAACGCGCGCAGAACCCACUUACGUACAUAUAUAGACCAGUCUUUUGUGAUAGAUAUUUAUUUUUAGGAUUACGUACCUAUAAUUGCUGUUAGUUCUCCCCGAAAAGUGUAUAUUAUUUAUAUUAUUGUAAUUAUGUAAUAAUGGCCAGCGAGACGCGAGGCCCACGCACACGAAUUCAUGUACGUAGACCGAAAUACGUCGUCCAUGUACUGUGAAUUGAUUGCGCACCAAAGUAUUCUGAUGCAGUAGAUAUGUAUGUAUGUACUUCGUGAUUCGUCUUCCCUGUCCCUUUCAUUACUUAUCCGCAGCCAUACACUUGUGUGGCGCACAGAAAAAGGUAUUGAAAAAAGAAUACAUAAAUCGAUCGAACGGCUGUACGUCGUCUAUUCGAGUACGUGGCCAAUUAUUCUACAAAAAUUGCGCAAACUCGCCAUCGUAUCAAUUAUAUAUCAGUGAUAAAUUGUACAAUUACAUUUUUCUAUAGCGAGAAUCUCGCGUUUCGGCUUCUGCGCCUGACUGUGUGUGAUACACCAAAUAAGGUACCCGGCGUUUAAUUCAGUAUUUUUCCUUGUUGUACGUGGUAUAAUGUAAAGAAAUAUAAAUAAUCUAUCAAGAUAA